ACACGAAUUAUUUUAGGUAAUGGAUACGAAGAGUAGCAACGCCAAGAAAGAAGUGGUAGGAAGGAGUUUGAUUGAUUCGGUCUUCUCUUGGUCUAUUAGAGAUGUUCUCAAUAAAAAUCAUUACAAAGACCAGGUAACUAGGAUUCCUGACACGUUCUCGACGGUAACAAGUUACAUGAAAGCAUUUGUUCCUUCACUUCUUGAAGAAACACAUGAAGAAUUACUCUCAAGCAUGAUGUCCUUGUCUCGGGCACCUUCUUGUGAAAUUUUGAAAGUUGAACCUUGCAACGAUCAUCAACCUCCCAAAGACUUGUUUUACCAAAUUACAUUUAACGAGAGCAAAGGAGAAAAUGAUAUAGAAGCAUAUCAACCAAAUGGUGGUGAUAUCAUUGCCUUGUCCGAUGUGAGACCAAAAUACAUUGAUGAUUUGAACAGAUCCCGAAAUUCCUAUCUUAUUGCUUAUGUUAUUGGAUCAAACCAAGGAAGUUCGCUUAAAAUACUGGCAUCGAAGUCAAUCAAUGGAGGAGCGUCAGGAAUCAGACAGAGCAAGAGUGGUAGACUUGUUGCAGUUUACCUCAUGAACAUGACCACAAACAUGCGUGUGUGGAAUGCUCUGAACUCAGAAUUAAGUGCAAAUACAAAUCUGCUUAAAAAUGUUCUGCAAGUGCAACCAGCAAAUUCAUUACAGGGUCAGAAUUCUUGCACAAUUUGUUUUUCCAAAGAAAACUGCUGCCCUGCGAUUUCUGCCAGAUGGCCUAGAAUGUGUUCUGAUUUAAAUAGUUCCCAAGAGGCUGCAGUUUUGAACUGUAUCAAUUUGAGCAGGUGCCAUCACAACAAUACAGUCGAGCUAAUAUGGGGUCCUCCAGGGACUGGAAAAACAAAGACAGUUGGUCUGUCACUCUUUGCUCUUUUUCAGUUAAAGUGCAGAACUCUAACAUGCGCUCCCACCAAUAUUGCUGUCUUAGAAGUGACAUCACGGCUGCUGAGGUUGGUUAAACAGUCAUUGGAAUAUGGCAAGUAUGGACUUGGAGAUAUCAUUCUAUUUGGGAAUAGGGGGAGAUUGAAGAUUGAUAGUAAUGUUGACCUUCAAGAGGUAUUUCUUGAUCAUCGUGAGGUUAUUCUGUCAAAAUGUUUUGCCCCCUUGUCAGGUUGGCAACAUUGGCUAGAGUCUAUGAUAAAUUUGCUUGAGGAUCCAAAUAAACAAUACACAUUGUAUUUGGAAUCAAUGAGGAGAAGAUACGAUUAUAAACAAAGUUCUGGUGAUAGGAGCUCGGCAAGUGGUGAUGACAAUAAUUAUUUGACGUUUGAGCAGAUUGUGAAGGAGAUACAGUACUCACUGUAUUUAAAAAAGAGAAGGGAAAAAUACAAUGGGGAUAGUACAAACUCAUCGAGUGAUGAUCACAAUGGUGAAUUGACGUUUGAGGAGUUUGUGAAAGAAAAAGAGUUACCACUGCAUUUGAAAAAGGGACCGGAAAGAUGCCACGAUGAUGGUAAAGAUAGUAAUAGUACGAACACAUCAAGUGAUGAUGACAUUGAUGUUUUGACGUUUGAGGAGUUUCUGAAGGACAAACAUAAUUACAUUGGUGAGAAUCUGAAGCUGUGUAUGGAAAAUAUGUACACUCACUUGCCAACUUCUUGCAUUUCAUUAGAUGUGGUGAAGGACAUGAUUAGAGCUAUUGAAUUGCUCAAGUCAAUUAAAUCUUUAGUAUCUCAGGGGCUUGACAUUGCUAGUGAAAGGUUUGAAUUGGUGCCUUUUCUGAGGUCACUUCGUGCCUUUUCUGUUCCAACUUCUAAUGGUGGCCAGACAAUAAGGAAGUUGUGUUUGGAAAAUGUGUGCUUAAUAUUUUGUACUGCAUCAACCUCAGCAAAACUGCACACGGAAGGAAUCAAACCACUUGAACUGUUAGUCAUUGAUGAAGCUGCUCAGCUUAAAGAAUGUGAAUCGGCAAUCCCUUUACAACUACCUGGCCUUCGACAUGCUAUUCUCAUAGGAGAUGAAAGGCAACUUCCUGCUAUGGUUAAAAGCAAGAUCGCAGAGAAUGCUGGUUUCGGGAGAAGCUUGUUCGAAAGACUAGUCCUGUUGGGACAUGAGAAGCACCUUCUCAAUGUCCAGUACAGGAUGCAUCCGUCAAUCAGCUUAUUUCCGAAAAAAGAGUUUUACGAUAAUAGGAUAUUGGAUGGUCCAAAUGUCAACGCAGUAAGCUAUGAGAAAUGCUUCCUUGAGGGAAGAAUGUUUGGAUCCUACUCCUUCAUAAAUAUAGCUGACGGAAAAGAAGAAUUUUAUCGUGGACACAGUUCGAGAAAUAUGGUUGAGGUUGCUGUGGUCUAUCAUAUAGUUCUUGGCCUUUACAAAGAAUUCACUCAAACAAGGAAGAAGGUUAGUAUUGGGAUAAUAUCACCUUAUAAAGCCCAAGUCAAUGCAAUUGAAGAGAGAGUCAGAGAAUACAGUACAAAUCAUUUAGCUGGAACUGAUUUCUCUGUAAGUGUGCGGUCUGUUGAUGGAUUCCAAGGUGGUGAAGAGGACGUGAUAAUCAUCUCCACUGUUAGAUGUAAUGGGAAUGGAUCAAUUGGUUUCCUCUCAAAUCUUCAAAGAACAAACGUGUUACUAACACGGGCAAGGCACUGUCUUUGGAUAUUGGGGAAUGGACCGACCCUGUUUAACAGCAACUCCAUUUGGAAGAAGCUAAUCAUGGAUGCCAAGAAUCGCAAUUGUUUUUACAACGCUGAUGAAGACAACAACUUGUCUGAUGCUAUUGCGUCUGCCCUUGUGGAUCUUAACCAAGUUCAAGUUUUAUUCAAUUCUGAUUCUCUGCUGUUCAGAAAUGCAAAGUGGAAGGUUUACUUUGCCAAUGAAUUUAAGAACUCCAUCGCAAAGUUUAGGGACCCUGAAAUUCGUCGGGAAGUGGCUUCUCUACUGCGAAAGCUUUCAAGUGGUUGGCACCAAUCUCAUGAGGAGAAAGUCUAUGGUGGGACUUCUUGUCAGCUGUUAGAGAAGUCUAAAGUUGAUGGGAUCCGGAAUUUGAUUUGGAGUGUGGACAUUCUCCAAGAGAAUUCACAAUGUAUACAGAUUAUACAAGUUUGGGAUAUUGUGCCACAUUCUGAUGUACCAGAACUUGCAAAGCGUCUUAACAUCAUUUUUGGGUGUUACACAAUGGACAGGGUUAAUCGCUGCAAACAAAGAAGUCUGGACGGGGACAAAGUUGUUCCAAUUACAUGGCCACUUGAAUAUUCAAGCCCUACAAGCAGUGGCUGUGAAUCUGAUCCUCUGGAGUUCCUUUCAACACCAUUAUCUUGUUUCAGUCUGGGGGACGACCCAGCUGAAAAUUCAACUGCGUUUUAUACGAGAAGAGGACAUUAUGCAAAGCAGGCCAAAAGCAGUGGAACAUCUUGA